UAUCAGACCUGCUCAUCUCCCCAUGCCUCUCCAUGGCCUCCUCCACCGACGACGGCCAUCUCGAGGCCGCUCUCAACGCAGAUCCGUCAUUCACCCGCCCUCUGCCCGACCUCGCGGUCUUUGACGGCGAUCCCUCAAGACUCAUCGACCAGCUAUCCGACGACGACAGACGGAUUCUGCAGCCUGUCCUGCAGAAACAAGUCGAUAGCUCUCAUGUCGUCAACUACUCUGUCUCUGACAUCAACGUCCUGCGGUCAAUCGUCCAAGUCGCGCUCAGAGCAACAGACACAGAAACCGUAGACUCAAACAGCUUCAUCACAAUCUUCAAAAGCUACGAAACAGUCCUUCGUCGCAAAAAAAUCGACACUUCAAAAGAGACCUUCUUCUUCAAACUGGUCGUCAAGCUCUGCCGUGCGCCCGGAUCUUCGUGGGCUGAGAAAUUCAACAAUUUACUUCUUGAAAUAAGCUCCCAUCUGAUAGAAAACCGCAAACCCCAGCUCGAAUCCCUCUACCGUGACUUUCUCCGCUCGUCAGUCCUCGUCCCCACCCUUCGCAAAUGGCACUCGAAAGCAAUCUACCUCCACAACCUCACCCGCGCGCUCAGACGCGUCGCCGUCAAAUACGACCAGUCAAUCCUGACCACGCACGCGUUUGAAAUCUGGAGAACGAAAUUGUACGAGUACGAUGUACGCGAGAACGAGGUCAUUGCUCUGAACAACGAGCGGAUCGCGCGGUCGUAUCUCGAAGACUGGAGAGAAAAAUCCCUGCAGCUGGGAUAUGACCGCGAGAGCGCGGCCGACUUGUUUACGAAAUACAUCUGGUUCGGACGGAUGAAAGCCGUGCGGUCUAAAUCCGUUGAGCUCCAAGAACGUCUGGAUGCAGUGCUUGCGGCGCAGCGGGAAGCGGUGGCUAGGAAAUACUUUCGCGUCUGGUUCUUUGCGUUGCAGGAUAUAAACGCACGGGUCUCGUACGAUACAGUACUGGCUGGCAAAUGUCUGGACAAGUGGAUAUCCGAGCUCGAAGUCGCCGACAGCUUGAACGAGCGCGCAGAUAAAAUCAUCGCUCUCCGCGAUCGCCAAACGAGGCUUAUAGUCUUGGACUACUGGCGGCAGUCCACAAAGCAAGUCACGAAUCUCAACAGGAUCGCAGAUGCAUUUCACCGACAAUUGCUGAUCCGCAAAACCUGGCUUGUCUGGACUCGCGAGACCAUACUCGAGCUUUCCAGGCAAGAACUCGAGCAAACUAACAAUCUUGCGCUGAAAAAACACACAUUUAGCCACUGGAAGACAUCAACCGAUAUGAUUGUGUCUGCUGAUAUUCUCUACCAAUCCUCCCUGGCCCAUCGGUACCUCAAGCGCAUGCGCGAACGUCUACGCGAACAACUUCUAUCCGAAACCCGCGACAGACGACUCGAGCACCGCACACUCUACCACUGGGUGCUGAAAGAGAGAUCAGUACUCCUCGGGCGCGUCAGUCGACGACGUGGUCUGAAGAACGCGUUCGCAGCCUGGCGACGCGCGACGGCAAAGCGCGUCGAGAGCGAUAAGAGUGCGGUCGUUGCCGUGUAUGAGACGGGAAAUUAUCGCGUUGUCGCGGAGGCGAUGCGGACUUGGAAACUCAAGACUGCUGCUCUUUACGAGAUGUAUAAUCAGGCCAUGGACUUUGACGAACUGGUCAUGUACCAGAAGUUUUUCGCCGCGCUGACCUCUAAAUAUCAGCGCAUAACCCACCUCACCGAACAAGCCGAAGCCGUUCGCAAGACCACUCUGCUGAAAACACACUUUGCGAAAUGGCAGACACAACUAUCAAUCAAACGCCAGAACCGCAGAGAGUCUUUACUCCAAGAUCUCUUAUCCGCCAAGCGCACGCGACGGAAGUCGGCCGCGCUGCGCAAAUGGGUCGAUCGCACUGUCGAGGUAGUCGAGCUUUCCAUCCAGGCCGAUGAGUUUUACGUCGCGUACGGAUACGACAGUAUAGCGCGACGAUGCCUCCAGCAAUGGAGCGACAGAUACCUUGCCGUGAGUGAGAUGUCGAGUCUCGCGGACGAGUUCUCCGACACGCGUCUGAAGCAGACAUACCUCGCGAAAUGGCACCAGCGCAAACUCGACCUUGACGACAGCAUGCGGCGAUCUGCGGCAGUGUACGAUAUCAACAGUCUUUUGCGGGCGCAAAACCUCCUUCGGCGGUGGAACAUGCGCGCGAUCCAGGUCGGCAUUCUUAAAGCGCGCGCGGACGCGUUCCACGAGAGAGCGCGAAAGGCGCGCGCGAAAGGGUUGUUUGCGAAUUGGGUGGAUUUGACGCGGGAGAUUAUUUACGCCUCUGACGAGCAGCUCGGGCGGAAGUUGUCGGAUAGUCCUCCGGACGAGACAAGUACGACGAGCUACGCAGACGAAGACUACGACAGCGAUUUAGGAACAAUCGUCGCCGGCUCGAUCUCAACCACGACGACGGAGGAUAGCGCGUCGACGUACACGCCGACCAAGCGUCGGUCCGGGACCAGGGUUUCUUUCUCAGGCCGGCUUGAUGACGAGCUCAGGACGCCGAAGAUGGAGCGCUGGGCGCGGUUGCGGAAUAGUCCGAUGUACGAAGGGCGGCGGAAGUUGUUUGCCACGCCGGUGGUGAGAAGGGGUGCUGAGAAUGGGUUUGAGAUGGGAAAGACUGUGUAGGUGGACUUAUGAGUUAUGAUUAUGAUGGUGUAUACUACUCUUUGUAUUUUAUUGGACCCGGCGUUUGGUGUUUUAUAUGUAUUAUAGACAUGAAAUAUAGUAAGGACAAGAACGAUAG